CCCCGCCCCCCCGCCGCGGAUAAAGGGCCGGAGCUGCAGUCCAGCUGCCGGAGCGGCGAGCGCGAUGGCGGCGGUGCUUGGCUACUGGGACAUCCGCGGGCUUGCCCAUGCCAUCAGGCUGCUGCUUGAAUAUACUGGCACGGUGUAUGAAGACAAGCUGUACAGUUGUGGGGAAGCUCCCGACUAUGAUAAAAGCCAGUGGAUCAACGAGAAGGAGAAGCUGGGACUGGACUUCCCAAAUCUGCCGUACCUCAUCGAUGGCAAGACCAAGCUGACCCAGAGCAACGCUAUCCUCCGCUACAUUGCCCGCAAGCAUGACAUGUGUGGUGAGACGGAGGAAGAGAAGGUGAGGGUGGACAUGCUGGAGAACCAAGUCAUGGACUUUCGUAUGAGCCUUGUGAUGGUCUGCUACAAUCCUGACUUUGAGAAACUGAAGCCUGGGUACUUAGAGCAGCUGCCUGGGAAACUGAAGCUGUUCUCCCAGUUCCUGGGUGACAAGAAGUGGUUUGCUGGGGAGAAGAUCACCUUUGUGGACUUCCUUAUGUAUGAUGUUCUGGACCAAAACCGCAUGUUUGAGCCCAAGUGUCUGGAUCAGCUUAAGAACCUGAAGGACUUUCUUGAUCGCUUUGAGGCCUUGGAGAAGAUUGCAGCCUACAUGCGCUCUGACCGCUUCAUGAAGACUCCCAUCAACAACAAGAUGGCCAAAUGGGGCAACAAGAAGGAAUAGUUGUGUGGAGGAGGAAGAACAAGAGGGUCUCUCUUGUUCUCUCAACUGAUUCCCUCCCACUUGUGGUGUUGGUGCCAACCCUGGUGAAUGGC